CCUGAAGGUAAAGAUUACUCCAUCCAUCGACUUAUUCUUGGAACGCAUACAUCUGACGAGCAAAAUCAUCUCCUUAUUGCCAGUGUUCACCUUCCAAAUGACAACACACAGUUUGAUCCUAGUAGCUAUGAUGCUGACCGUGGAGAAUUUGGGGGCUUUGGUGCCGUAACGGGCAAGAUCGACAUUAAUAUUAAAAUAAAUCACGAAGGGGAAGUGAAUAGAGCUCGGUAUAUGCCUCAAAAUCCUUGUGUUAUUGCUACCAAGACACCGAGCAGCGAUGUUCUUGUCUUUGAUUACACCAAACAUCCCAGUAAACCCGAUCCCUCUGGAAAAUGUCAGCCUGAGUUAAGACUACGUGGACAUCAAAAAGAAGGAUAUGGAUUAUCUUGGAAUCUUAAGCUAGAUGGGUAUCUUCUGUCUGCCUCUGAUGAUCAUACGAUUUGCAUGUGGGAUGUCAAUGCAACUCCAAAGGAUAGCAACAUAAUCGAUGCUCAAACCGUCUUUACAGGGCAUACCAGCGUAGUGGAAGACGUUAGUUGGCACCCACUUCAUGAAUCUGUCUUCGGUUCUGUCGCUGACGACAAGCGUCUGAUGAUAUGGGACACUCGAAGUCAAUCAACCAGUAGACCCAGUCACAAGGUCGAAGCACAUUUGGCUGAAGUCAAUUGUCUUAGCUUUAAUCCAUUUAGUGAGUACAUAUUGGCUACGGGGAGCGCAGAUCGUACUGUGGCACUCUGGGAUCUUCGGUCAUUAUCAAUGAAGUUGCAUUCUUUCGAGUCUCACAAAGAUGAGAUCUUCCAGGUUCAAUGGUCACCUCAUCAAGAAACAAUUCUAGCAAGCUCUGGAACCGAUAGAAGACUGCACGUUUGGGAUUUGAGCAAAAUUGGAGAGGAACAGUCUGCUGAGGAUGCGGAAGACGGCCCUCCUGAGCUACUUUUCAUCCAUGGAGGGCACACUGCCAAGAUAUCUGAUUUCUCUUGGAAUCCUAAUGACGCUUGGGUCAUUUGCUCAGUAUCUGAAGACAAUAUCCUGCAGGUUUGGCAAAUGGUAAGUCUGAUUUAUCUGAUUAUCUUGUACAGAUACACGCUUUUAUUUUAA